GGACAAAACAUACUUACCUGGGCGGGGUCGAUGGGUGUCAAGAAGGCCUAUGGCCUAGGUUGACGACCUCCAGUGCACAAGGGAGGGGUGCCCGCCUAACRUCUCCCCAAGUGGGAGAGUGUACGUCAUAAUUUGUGGCAGCGUGGUACGCGUUCGCGCGGCCCCCACCCAAGUCUCGUUUCCAAGUGUUUUACGUGGGUGCCGGCUUGCGAUUAAUAUAUCAAUGUUACGCGGCAAAUUAAAUUCAAUGUGUAACAAAUAAUAUGCGUGGGUGGCACGUGUCUUCUGUUAGUUUUGGCGUACUCUGCAUCUGCACACCCCAGUCUGCUUGUAGAUAAGAGAAUCAAACAACGGGUCCGAGUUUUACUCUUAACCAACCCUUUCUUUUCGCGCCCUCUCUUGUCUUCAAAUCCAUUUAUGCCCCAAGGAGCGUUUCUUUCCUCCUCCCUGCUUCCUUCUCUCUAUCUGCAUUCGCUCUGUUUUGAGCGUGUUGCGAAGAGGGAAGAGCAGAAGCGAGAGUUGGGGUUGGCACAUAGGCCUCCAUGGGUCUCGAUAAUGGAGGCCAUGUGCCCGCCCAGCCUUCACCGGAGUCUCUCUCUCGCUUGUCUGAGGGGAUAUCCUUGCUUCUUUCCCGUUGGACUGCACUUCAAAUGGCCAUCGAGAACGAAUGGGGCGGUAAGGAUUCUCGCCAGAAAUCCGAGCAACUUGCUGCUGACAUCUUCUCUUGGUUCUCCCAAUCGAGAGAACCACAUUAUAUUGAUGAUUUAGAAAACAUGCUUGAUGAAAACAUGGUGCUUUCUUUCAAUACAGACAUUGAGGAUGGCAGCAUUGAGAAGGUGGCCGAACAGUUAAUUGUUAUGCAUGAAGACUGUCAGCAAGGAAAUUAUGAGUCAAUUGAAAAGCUAAGGAAAUCCAACUUUGGAAAAGUAGCUCUUUCUCAAAACAGACAGGUAAUUAUGGUUAAACAUCACCCAGAAAGAUUUCAUGCUGCAUUUAUUGGUACGAUAUGUCUCUUUUCAUUCAUAGAAACGUCUCAUGACUGGCCUCUUUAUUUUAUAUAUUUUAAUUUAAUAACCAAUAUUACUAUCCAUUUGGAUUUUUUUUGUCUUUUGAAAUAACAAAGGAGAUAGAACAGUUAUUACAAUAUUACCUUACUAUAUCGGGGGCUGGUGGUGCAGUUGGCUACCAGAUAGGUCUCAUGGCUUCUGAUUGAUUCUGAGUGUUUUGAGUUAUAGACUCUCUAACUCCACGUGGAGAAUUCUUUUGAUGCUGGCAUCAAGAUAACAUGAACAUAGACACAGAUAGUACACUCAUCAACUGUUUGAGCUGUCUUAAGCUUAUUAGAUAAUUUGAAAAAUAAAAGUUCACUAUUCUGUGUCAACAGAACCACAUAUGAUACGAAAAAAUUUUUUUGCUACUUUUGUAGAAAUCAUGAAUCAGAUAUUAUGUGCAGUCGCAUCAGUUGGAAUUAUUCGAUUGGUUAUUGCACAGGAGACCUAGUGCUUUUUUGCUUGGGGAUGAGAAUGACUAUACCUGGAUUUUUUUUGGCUUUAUCAUUUUCUGGUUGAGAGCUGAUGACCUUAAAGGCUGUUGCCUGUUGUCCUUUUCUGUAGUUCAUUCAGAGGAGAGUUAUGACAUGUUUUGUAAAUAUACAUAAAUACUAUUUCUUUUGAUCUUGUACUAUCUGGGAAAAGAAGUCUAGUGUUUUUUCUUGGUUUAGAAUACAGAUUACAAUAAGUGUUCUUAGAGAUUUCUUUGAGCACUUUUUUAAUCAACAAUGAUCACAGUACUUUAUGAAUAAAAUAGGAGGAAUUCCCUCUGAUAAGUUCAUCAACAGCAGCAUUGAAUCAAAAAUCAUAGUCCUGCAAAACUUAUAGAGGUAAAAUCACAUCAAAGCUUGCAAGUCUGCUGCUUCAUUUUCCUGAGAGCCUUUGACUCAUGGGUAUUCCCCCUUCUGUGUCUUGUAAAAGCAACUUCACUAUUCUUUAUCAGGAACUUGGUUUUAGAAACACUGAAGUAUCUCCUCUGGUUACCAAAAAUCUGUUGGAACAUAUAUGAUUUGAAAAAUCAUUGUUUUCAGUUUAAAGUGAAUUAAGAUUGUUAGUUUUAGAAGAGUUAGAGUCGUUAGUUUCAUGGAAGACAUUUGAAGGGUCUUUAAGUUACAAUGUAAUGGGUUAUGUGUCUUUAGUAUGAGUCUUAUUAGUAGAAGUUUCUAUGACCCCCAUGACAGUAUAAAUAGGCCUGCAGCUUUCUGUUUGAUGAAGGAAGUAAGGAGAAAAGAUAAGAAGGGAGAAAAGAGAAAGAACUUGUCAAAAAGAAGAGAAGGGGAGCUUUGUGCAUACCCAGCAUGGCCCAUACAUCUCCAAAUGACUUCAAUUUUUUAUAUAAAAAUAUGGUUUCUGCCCCAUUUCUGUUUUCAUCUAUUGCAUAAAUCAUUGCAUAUUUU